AUGCAUUGGUGCCAAGUGGUCGUGCUCGGCGCUUAUCUAAGCGUGUCGUGGUGCGCAGAAGACUGGACUUUUCCAGCAGGAUUUAAAUUUGGAGCAGGAACCUCUGCGUAUCAAAUAGAGGGCGCUUGGAAUGUCAGCGAUAAAGGAGAAAAUAUCUGGGAUAGAUUCAUUCACAGCGACCCAAGGAGGGUCUCGGAUCUCUCCAAUGGUGAUGUGGCUUCUGACUCUUACCACUUAUAUGAGACAGACAUCGAGAAAGCAGCAGAACUAGGUUUACAUUUUUACAGAUUCUCAAUAUCGUGGUCUCGCUUGCUCCCGAGUGGUUUCCCCAACCACAUCAGUGAAGACGGCAAGAGGUAUUAUAAUAAUCUGAUUGACGGUCUGCUAGCGAAAGGAAUCGAACCUAUGGUCACUUUGUAUCAUUGGGAUCUUCCUCAAACUCUGCAAGAUCUCGGUGGCUGGACCAACCCAUUGAUAGCCAACUGGUUUGCUGACUACGCGCGAGUAGUGUUCCGUCUAUACGGUGACCGAGUGAAGACCUGGCUGACCAUCAAUGAGCCACUGAUUGUUUGUGAUGCGUCGUACAACCUUGGCAUCCUUGCACCAGGGAUUCGUCAUCCAGACGCGUUCUAUCUGUGCAACAAGAUCGUUCUGUUGGCUCAUGCUAAGGCGUACAGAGUGUAUGAAAAAGAAUUUAAAGAUAAAUAUCAUGGCGAAGUAUCAAUAGUAAACCAAUUACUAUGGUUUGAGCCUGAAAGUGAAGAUGACGUGGAAACGGCAGAAUUGGCGCUUCAAUAUGGUGCAGGACGAUUCUCCCACGCUAUAUAUUCCAAAGAAGGCGGUUGGCCACCAGCUAUAGAGAAGAUAAUAGAAGAAAAUAGCAGAAAGAUGAAAUACUCCAAGUCUAUAAUGCCAGCGUUUACUCAAGAAGAAAUCGAACUUGUUAGAGGGACAUAUGACUUUUACGCGAUGAAUUAUUAUACAGCCCGCACGGUUCGCAAAGCAAAAGACGAUGAGCAACUAGGACCGUGGCCACUGAAAGAUAUUUCUGAUUUGAAAAUGGUGACAGGAGUACGUCCAGAAUGGCCCAAGACGGUGUCACGUAUAUACCUGGUUCAUCCCCCAGGCAUACGUCGAAUGCUGGUAUGGCUUAAGGAACAUUAUGGAGAUAUGAAGUUCCUCAUCACUGAGAACGGGUACCCUACUGAAGGAGGCCUCGAUGAUCAAGACAGGAUAGAAUAUUAUCAAGCCCACUUGAAACAGCUCCUACUGGCCAUCAAAGAAGACAAAAUCAAUCUAACACACUAUACAGCUUGGUCACUACUGGAUAACAUGGAAUGGAUAGCAGGAUACAAGCAUAAAUUCGGGCUCUACGAAGUCGAUUUUGCAGAUCCUCAACGCAAACGCACGCCUCGUGCCUCAGCUCGUUAUUACGCUAACGUUAUAAAAGCAAACUCGCUUAAUGUGCCAAUGGAGAAAGUGCAAGAUUCAAAACAAGAACUGUAA